GGGGGGUUCUCAAGAUGGCUGCGCCCGCGAUGUUACAGUUGACUGAGAAGCCGAACCAUAAGAAGUACCGAGCUGCUCUGAAGAAAGAAAAACGCCGCAGACGGCGGCAGGAACGGGCUAGGUUGAGAGACUCAGGACUGUCACAGAACGAUGAAGAGGAAGAUGAAUCCAUUGUUGAACAACUGGAAGAAGAGGAAAAACAGUUAGAAGCUGAAAGGCAAAAAUUACAUGAGGAGUGGUUGCUGAGAGAACAGAAGGCCCAAGAAGAAUUUAAACUAAAGAAGGAAAAGGAAGAGGCAGCAAAAAGACGUCAAGAAGAGGAAGAGAGAAAAAUCAAAGAAGAAUGGGAAGAACAGCAAAGGAAAGAGAAACAGGAAGAAGAACAGAGACAACAGGAGAAGAGAGACAGAGAGGAAGCUGUGCAGAAGAUGCUGGAUCAGGCUGAAAGUCAGCUGGAAAAUGGUGUCACAUGGCAUAAUCCAGAACCACCAGUGGAUUUAAGAGCGACAGAGAAAGAUCAAGCUAAUUGUCCAUUCUACAUUAAGACAGGAUCUUGCCGAUUUGGAGAUAGGUGUUCACGGAAGCACAAUUACCCAACAUCUAGUCAAACACUUCUUAUUAGAAGUAUGUUCAUAACAUUUGGAAUGGAGCAAUGCAGAAGGGAUGACUACGAUACUGAUGCAAGUCUAGAGUACAGUGAGGAGGAAACCUAUCAGCAAUUCUUAGAUUUCUAUGAAGAUGUACUCCCAGAAUUCAAGAAUGUGGGAAAAGUUAUUCAAUUCAAGGUCAGCUGCAACUUUGAACCUCAUCUAAGAGGAAACGUAUAUGUGCAGUAUCAGUCGGAGGAAGAAUGUCAGGCAGCAUUCUCUGUAUUCAAUGGACGAUGGUAUGCAGGACGACAGCUUCAAUGUGAAUUCUCACCAGUAACACGGUGGAAAAUGGCUAUUUGUGGUUUAUUUGGAAGGCAAAAGUGUCCAAGGGGGAAGCACUGUAACUUUCUUCACGUAUUCAGAAAUCCCAACAAUGAAUUUUGGGAAGCUAAUAGAGACAUACAUAUGUCUCCAGAUUGGAGUAAUACUUCAUUUGGUAAAAGCUCAGAAAGGAGAGAUAGGACAGGUUACCAUGAGGAAUAUUAUAGCAGAUCAAGGAGACGGCGAAGUCCCAGUCCAGAUCAUUCUUAUAAAAGAAAUGGGGAAUCUGAGAGGAAGAAAAGUAAUCACCAUAGGAGUAAGAAAAAAUCUCAUAAACAUUCCUCCAAAAGUCACGAAAGGCGACGUUCACCAAGUAGAGGAAGAAAGCGGGGUCGGAGCCGGAGAAGCAGGAGCCAGAGCAGAGGCCGGAGAAGCCAAAGCAAAAGUGCGUCCAGGUCUAGGAGUCGGGAUAGGAAGAGGUCAUCCAGCAGAGACAGAAAUACUUAAAUCACAAACAGAAUACAUUUUUUUCAUACUGAGACAUGUUGAUCUCAAGUAAAUGUAUCUUUUAGGGCUGCCAGUUACUUUUCUCAAUUUAAAACCAGCUUUUCAAAUCCAAAAUUGUCCUGUAUUAUAAAUGCAACUCAAAAGGUAAUUUUUCAACCAGAAUUGCUAAAGGUGUUUAGAACUCAGUUUGGAUUUUUAUAAGUCUAAUCCAACACUCUUGGCUCUUUAAAAAAAAAAAAAAAAAGAAAUUCCACCUUCUCCUAACUAGAAAGCUAGAUCUUUUCUAGCUGUGUUCCCUUAUAAUAGAUACCUGGCUGUUUGGGAUAGACUGAAGUUGAAUCACUUCCACUACAGCUACUGAAUAUUCUUGUUUACAGCAGCACCAGUAACACAACUGUCAUUUAUAAUAGAUUGAACAAAAGGGAUAAUAAAGUUGAGAAAGGGAAACUAAUUUUGCUUUUGCCUUAACACCAUAGCAAGCACCAUAGCUUGAAAUGGAAAUGUUGCUCUUGGUUUUCUUAUUAGGAAAAGCUUUCCCUUUGCAAGAUACACAGCUUUAUUCCUACUAAUAACUAUUUCAGAGUGGAAAUAGCGAGGAAAUUUGAUUAGGAUGAGACUUAUAAAAUGUUUUACAUGAAACAAAGCAGAGGAAGUGGAGAAAUGGCUAUUUUAAAAGUUGGAUAUGGCAUGGAAGUUUUUUAACUUACCUUCUGUGAAAAGAACCUAAGUGGUAGACCAUGCUGCUUAUUUUAUAAAUCUUGAUCUUCCAGCUGUUUUCUGAAGCAGGACUGACUGUUCAUGUUACUGAAAAUGCUCUGUUUUUACUACAAAACUAUUUUGUAACCGACUUUCAAUAAUGAAUAUUGUUUUGCAUAUGACUUUCUCCCAAAUAAGUGUACAUACAUGAUUAAAUAACGUGAAACUUGUAAUUUUGUCUUAACAGUCCAUUAAAAAAAAGUUAGCCAUUUGAUCUGGAAAUGGUUAUAAAAUGGUUUUGGAGAUAACUUGAUAAUAUGCAAUAUUAUCUAAGGGACAAAUAUUUUGUUUCUCUGCCCUUCCUCUUUCCCACCCUCUAACAAACAAGUUACACUUGAACUGGUUGUUCAAAAUCUUCAAUUUUCCUUGAUUAAAUUUUCUUAAAGGAAGGCCCAGUCUUGCUUGAGGUACCUAGAUGAAUUUGAAAAUUGAAAAGCUGUUUGCUUUUUUUGCUCGUUUUGUUUUUCAAACAUCCUGGCCCAAACUAAUUUAUUUAAAGCCUGGACAAAAUGGAAAUGUCGCUUGUUUUCUAUUUCAAGGAUCUGUGGUUUCCAUUGAUACAAACUGUAAAUCCUUUUACAUCUUCAGUAGAUAGUCUUAAGUUGCUUCUCUGAACUUGACCAGAUCUUGGAGAAGGCACAGUGUUCACCACCAAAAUAUAUGAACAUUUUAAGUUUUUCCAGAGUAGUAGAAACUCUUAGAACUUGUGUUCUGCUGCCAUGGCCUUCAAGAACCCCAAAGACCACCUUACCACAUAGGAUUAUGGAAUUUUCCAAACAUGGUAAGACUGCUCAUUUAAAUUUAUUAAAAAACUUCAAGUGUUGGUGAUUUGAUUCACUUCAUAUGUACAAGCUAAUUCUCUGAGGACAUAAAUUAAUCUCUGGUUACCAUUUUUCUAACUAGCUUUUUUGUA